GUACAGUCCGCAUGCACUCUGAGUUGUUGCUGAGGAGGUUCCACCGUGCACUCAGCGCACACCAUCAAAUUGGCAUACAGCCGUCGCGUCCUGUUGCAACUCAUUGACGCCUUGAUUAGUCAAAAUGACGCCGUUUUCCAACCCAAAUUACCUCGGCAAGUUCGCCUUGUUUCACCUUUUGUGUCAUAUUCCAGGAUUGUUAGGCAGUCAGGUGGUGGUGCCGUCCAGCGUGAGCGCCGUGCUGGGGAAAAACUUGACGUUAGAGUGCCGCGUGGAUGUGGCUACUAACCUCACUCUCACUCAGAGCUCUUGGGAACGGCGUUUACCUUCCAGCUCUGUCACCAUCGCCGUUUACAACCCGCGCUACGGCAUCUCCAUCUCUCCGGACUUCAUCCACCGUUUGUAUUUCCGCUCGCCCUCUUCCCACGAUGCCACCAUCGUACUGGAGAACGUGGGCUUUGCAGAUAUGGGCAUGUACACAUGUAAGGUGGCGACAUUUCCGCUCGGGAACACUCAAGCCUCCACGACUGUCAGUGUGCUUGUGGAGCCGAAGGUCUUCGUGUCGGCCGGCUCGAGGGCGCUUAUAGACGGCAGUAACGAAACGACGGUGGCUACCUGUAUCGCCGAACGCGCCCGCCCCCCCGCCGAGGUGUCGUGGGAAUCCAACCUUUUCGGGCAGUCGGAAGUGCAGCUUUUCGACGACGUCAACGGAACCACCACUACGCAAGUGCGCUACCUUUGGCAGCCCACCCGUCACAUCCAGGGUCACUCGCUCACCUGCGUUGUUCGCCACCCGGCUCUGCUCAAUGACUUCAGGGUGCCCUAUCAGCUCAAUGUGCAGUUUGCUCCGGAUAUCUCUGUGGUGGGAUACGAUGGCGACUGGUACGUGGGGCGGGACAAUGUCCAAAUGACGUGCAAAGCUAACGCGAACCCGCCAGCUCAUCACUUUAGAUGGAUCAGGUUAGAUAGCGAGAUGCCAGAUGGCGUGGAAAUCCUCAACAGCACGCUGCUUUUCCUCCGCCCUCUCCAGAGGAACGACUCCGGUGUUUACAGGUGCGAGGUCGCCAACGACAUCAACCUCCGCAGUCGGGACGUCCGCAUUCUCAUACAAGAACAGUCUCAGGCUGAAAGGUCAAACUCCAUCGCGGUGGCCGGGGCGGCGAUCGGCGCCGUUUUGGCUCUGUUCCUCAUCGCCGUCUUCGUCAUCGUCCUCGUCACGGCCCGCAAGGCCCCGCCGGCGGCCUUUUCGGACAAAGUGAUUGACCUUCCACCCACACACAAGCCACCUCCUCCCUACUCCGAGCGAGCCCCAAAUCUUCCCUCUGGUGUCCACGUGUCCCAGGUGGCUUGGCUGUCUCAGAGCCGCCAGGCCGAGCGCAGGUGCGAGGCCACCGAGAAACGGCGUACCCCGGCGGUCCCUGCACGACAGAGCCCCACGCGGCGGUCCCGUUUGGAGUGGGUUUGUCAUCAAAGCGGGUCGGAGCGGGUCUUCAUCAACCACCGUGAACACUAUGUGUGAUUUGAAGCCUCAUUUUAAAGGCUGAGCAGCCUUUGUUCAUUGAUGAAGAAACAUCCGGACGUAACUGAGGCCAAACGCACCUUCUCUUCGAGCAAGGGUGUCAAACUCACUAGUUUAUUUCUAGCCAAAUAAGUUAACUCAGUGGCUACCAUUGACUGCGCUCGACAGCUAAUCCAUUUUGACUGGGAUGGGCGAAUGAGCCCUUGCCCAACGUGCGUGUCAGUUAGAACAACCCGUUGUAGUUUUGACACACCUGUCUUAGAGGAGUUCACUCUUUGGCUGCUGUUGACGUCCAAUCCAUUUUGAUGGUCAAAAAGGAUGGGACGUCGUUUGCCGUCAAUCGCACUGAAACAUGAUCAUUCACUUUGACCUCAAAGAAACAAAAACCACAAUAAGCUAAUACUGUAUUUUUUUAUUUGCAUCUAGACAAUUUGCUGCAUUUCAUUUUUUAAAAAAAUUCUUAUACAGAAUAACCAAGUAGUGAUACAUGAUAAACCCUGAAAUCAAGUAUAAGUAGUAAAUACAUACUAAUAUAGUUCAGGCACAAGGAUCCACAGGGUUACAUUGAACAGUGUAUGACAAAAGUGAGUACACCCCUCGCGUUUCUGCAGAUAUUUAAGUAUAUCUUUUCAUGGGACAACACUGACAAAAUAACACUUUGACACAAUGAAAAGUUGUCUGUGUGCAGCUUAUAAAAUAGUUCAUUUAUUUUCCCCUCAAAAUAUAGCCAUUAAUAUCUUAACCCCUGGCAACAAAAGUGAGUACACCCUGAAGGAAUUCAGGCCUCCCGGCCAAGCCACACAGAAACGGUGUGACUGCUCCGCAAGCAAGUCAACCGGGAGGAUCCAAAAUUACGCGCGUUCCCCUCCUUUGAUAACCCUUUGUACUGACUCCAUGUUCCAAAAGUCUCAAUAAGGCUCACCGAAAACAGGUUGACAAUUUGUUCGUUGACAUUGGUCAAAAAACAAGACAAAACAGACGACGGAGGGACCCUGCUGGAUCCAAAACAAGGCUGGAUAGAAAUGUUUCCGAGCAGCGACCGUUUGUUAUCUUAGUGUCCAGUCUUUUUGAAGCUGCGGUGGAGUGGGCCGGGCCGAAGGUGUGGCUGGGUGUUGUCUUGGGAUCAUCCCUCUGUGGCCAGUUUUGGGCGGUUAGGUUCUUGCGUCAUCCUUCGUGGCUGGGAGGCGGUUGCCACAGCGACCGACGCCGGGUUUGACGUCCCAAGCGCCCGCUAUCAACUUGUUAUCCUGGCUGGGCGAGACGCUCCUUGUUUUAGGACUGAACGCCCUGCUCUUUGUCUUGGAGUGGCCGGGGGAAUUAAUUGCGUGAGUUGGUUCGUCAAUCUUGCUCGACGCGCACGUUGGGGUUCUGUGAUAAGAUGGCGUUGUGUAUCUAUUCUGCUUCUCUUCAUGAAACUAUGGUGCGCUAUUUAUUUUAUAUUAGGUGUGUUAGAGUAGUACAAACAGUCCUACAGUACAUAUGAGAAACGAUACUAUUCUCUGAUUGAUUAUAUUAAGUGUUAGAGUAAUGCAAACAGUUAUAUGGUGUGUGCGAGAAAGUUAACUAUUCCCUUCAACCCCUGAGAAACUACAUCCCUAAAUGUCCUAAUUGAGUACUGCCUUAGUGAAAGUUGUCAAUAUUAACAUGUCAACUGUCAAUAUUUUGUGUGGCCACCACUAUUAUCCAGAACUGCCUUUCCUCUCCCGGGCAUGGAGUUGACCAGAGCUUCACAGGUUGCCACUGGAAUGCUCUUCCACUCCUCCAUGACGACGUUGCGGAGCUGCCGGAUAUUUGAGACUUUGCGCUUGAGGAUCACCCAAAGAUGUUCUAUUUGGUUCAAGUCUGGAGACAUGCUUGGCCAGUCCAUCACCUUUACCCUCAGCCUCUUCAGUAACUACUUUUAAUUGUGUCAAAGCGUCAUUUUGUCAGUGUUGUCCCAUGAAAAGAUAUACUUCAAUAUCUGCAGAAAUGCGAGGGGUGUACUCACUUUUGUGAUACACUGUAGAUUCCAGGCACAUAUCAGGGCAACUAUUUACAUUGUUUUUUUUUUAUUUAUUUUUUUUUAUAUAUACUGUAUUUAGAAAAGUACUUGAAGAGUACUGCAAAAUAGUACUGGGCGAUAUUUAUCGCAAUUCACAAAACAUAUUGUAAUGUUUAUGGUGAAUGUAGGUUUGAAUUGUCUACAAAUAGUUGGUUUUUUGGAGUGUAUACCCACCGGAAAAUGUGAAAUAAACAACCAAGUUGAUCUUUCCUCUGCCUGUUUGUGGAUAUAUGUAACUCCAUGCAACGCCGGUUACAUAUAUGACUCGACUACACGUGUAGUUUUGUAGUUUUUGACAUUUUGCU